AUGGAGGCAAUGAUCUUCGGAGCAGUAUGCUCACCACUUGCUGCACAGUACAUCAAAAACAGAAAUGCUUCUGAAUUCCAAGAUGAAUAUCCACGAGCAGCUAAUGCUAUCAAAUAUACUCAUUACAUGGACGACUAUUUAGAUAGUGUAGAUACCGUAGAAGAAGUAAUUCAGCUGAUAAAAGAAGUUAUUCAUAUACAUUCAGAAGGAGGAUUUGAAAUACGAUGUUGGAUAAGUAAUUCUAAGGAAAUUCUAAAUCAAGUUCCUGACGAAUUGAGAAACAUAGAUUGUAAUUCGACCACCGAAAAUAUUCUACCAACGGAAAGAAUAAUGGGAUCCAAAUGA